AUGGCAACUCAACUAAAUCUACAGUUACCAUUCAGCCUGUCCACAUUGCUGCUGCUGCUGCUGUUGCUGCUGCACUUCUUGGGAUCACCGUGUGAAACACACAAAGUGUGCGACAAUCAAAAUUCGAAUCCGGCGCAACACAAUGUGACAGAGAAGAUUUCCGUAGUGCCUAAAAAUGAAACGAAACAAGUGUCCAAAGACGAGAUUAAAGACAAACCAACCAAUCCGUCGAAAAACGAAACGAGGCAGCAGCCCCAGAAUAUGACGAAAGUGAAUGCAACUGAGCAGCCAAUGAAUGCAACAAAAGAGUACCCAAAAGUCAACUUAGUAUCUCCGAAAAAGCCAAUCGAUAUUGGACCUCGCAUCACACUGGAUUCACUGCCCGUCUGCGAGGAGGGCUUUAAGCUAUUCGGGACUCACUGUCGCAAGGAAGCCUAGAAAGCAAUAAAACAAUAAUAAAAAAAUCUCGCAAA